AAAACAGGUGGAUUCAUGUUUUGUGUGUUGGUGUUUGGUCUAGCCCGGCAGUGUCAGCUGAUUAUUGGUGAGUCUUCCAUUCACAUUCAAGUAGUAUUCAGCAUGUUGACUAAAACGAUCGAUCGGGCGGUUUUAGGACUCUAUAGUUUCGCAAAUGGAAAGCUCAAUGGUUGCGACCGAAUAUUGACACCCACGCUGAGAGCAUACUCGCAUAAAGCCAAAAGACCAUAUGACAUUGUGGUGGUUGGUGGGGGAAUCGUCGGAACUGCCUCCGCCCGUGAGAUCUUACUCCGGCAUCCGUCCCUCAGAGUAGCUAUUGUCGAGAAAGAGCCCAAACUAGCGUUCCAUCAAAGCGGACAUAACAGCGGUGUCAUUCACGCUGGAAUCUACUAUAAGCCAGGUUCGCUGAAGGCGAGAUUGUGUGUUGAGGGUCUUCAUCUGAGCUAUAAAUAUUUCGAUGAAAAGAACGUUCCAUACAAGAAAGUGGGGAAACUUAUUGUUGCCACGAACGAUGUUGAGGUGAAACGAUUGGAUGAAUUAUACCAGCGAGCUAUCGCCAAUAAAGUGCCUGACGUGGAGAUUGUCGACUCGGAACGCAUCAAAGAGCUUGAACCAUACUGCCAGGGCUUGAAGGCUAUCUGGUCUCCACACACCGGAAUUGUUGACUGGGGCCGAGUGACACAGUACUACGCGAAGGAUUUCAAAAAUGCCGGAGGUGACGUUUAUCUCAACUUCGAAGUGUCUAAAUUCGAAGAAUCCACCGAUCCGGAGUAUCCCAUCGUCGUCAAGUGCAAGAAGAAUGAAACCAUUCAAUCGAAAUAUAUUUUGACUUGCGGCGGAUUACAAUCGGACAAAGUUGCCGAGCUGACGGGAUGUUCUCCGCUGCCAAAAAUUGUGCCGUUCCGGGGAGAGUACUUAUUGCUGAAUCCAGAUAAAUGUCAUAUGGUGAAGGGAAAUAUCUAUCCGGUUCCAGACCCGCGGUUUCCAUUCCUCGGGGUCCAUUUUACACCUCGCAUGGACGGAAGCGUUUGGUUGGGUCCGAACGCUGUGCUGGCAUUUAAAAGGGAAGGCUACAAGUGGAGCGAUUUUAAUGCGCGCGAGUUGGUAGAUGCUUUGAAGUUUCCAGGUCUGAUUAAAAUGAGUCUGAAAUUCUGGAGUGCUGGUCUGUAUGAAAUAGCCAAAUCUGCUCUGAUUCCGUUACAAGUGCGCGAGCUGCAGAAGUUCAUUCCCGAUGUUCAAGAGUACGACGUUCAACGUGGUCCCGCUGGUGUGCGAGCACAAGCCCUGGAUUCAUAUGGAAAUCUAGUCGAUGACUUUGUUUUUGAUCACGGCAAGGGAGAUACCGCCUUGGCCAGAAAUAUUUUGCACUGCCGGAACGCACCCUCACCGGGGGCGACUAGUUCGUUGGCUAUCGCCAAAAUGAUAGCCGAUAAGAUCGAAUCCCAGUUCAGCAUUAAAUAAAGUGAGUUGUAAGAUAGAUUGUAUAACAUGAUUGUUUUGUUUUUCGAAUAAAGCUAUGGUUAACAUA